AUGCCUGAUAUAUUCGCAAAUAUUGAACACUUGGCAGAUCUUCCACUGUACAAAGUCGAAAAACCAUAUGGAGCACUUCUCAGUGAUGGCAAUGUUUACUUUUCCCGAGGCCAUCGACUCGAUAAUAUUGAGUUUACAGAGCACAGACGUAGAGUCGUUGAUGUUGCCAACGACCCUGCGUACACGUUACCAAAAAACGGAUUUCAAAUUUUCAAGCAAGAAAGCAAGACUAUGUGGGACGUGAGUACGAUUGAUUUGGCACGACGUCACCGUGAAGAGAUGGCCGAGUGGUUGAAAGAUCAGCUUGGCGCUGUUUUCGUUCAUACAUAUGAUCUGAGAGCCAGGUUGAAUGACGAAACGCCGAGAGAUCAAGUCGAUGUCCUGAAUCCGUUAGUUGUGGAGCCAAGGGCCAGAGGCGCCCACAAUGAUGUCACAUUGAAAUCUGGCCCGGAUAUCUUCUUCAACCACUUACUUGAAGGCCAAGAGGACUAUCUGAAGCCAGGAUACCGUGUUCGAAUCAUGAAGUGA